AUGGAGAAGGUGGUUGGAGGGUGUAGUAAAAGAAGUGGGUUCUUUGUGAUGGUAGCAAUAUUAUUAAGCUUGGUUUCUGAAGGUGAGGCUCAGGAUACUUCUUGUCUAAACCAGCUGGUUCCAUGUUUGAACUACCUUCAAAGACAAGGUGGUUCGGUGGAUUCAAACCCACCAAAAAGCUGUUGUGAUCCUUUGAAAUCAGUGAUCGAUUCAAACCCAGAAUGCCUUUGUACCAUGAUAACCAACAGAGCUACCAAUGCAGCUGAGCAGGCCGGAAUUAAUGUCACUAAGGCCCAAGAUUUACCUGAUAAAUGUGGUCAGACUGUCAACCCUAUCGCUUGCCUUACAAAUACAGGUUCAUCACCGAAUACCGGUAGAGCAGAAUCGAAUUCAGCUAGUGAUUUCUCAUUCAUGGGCAUUGUGAUGGUUUCUAUUUUAUCAGUGAGCUUUCAGAUUUUAUGGGCAUCAAACAGUAUUUAAGCUUUAUAAGCAUCAAUGAAAGGAUACAUCAAAGAAGAAGAUUUGAAUUGC